UCACCGCUGGAACGUCGUGCAGGUCGUUUAUGCCGCGUGUAUCAAGCCUCAAAGUCCCCGUAGUAAGAGGUCUCUCCAGUAGAUACUGUCCGUUCGUGUGAACAUGCGUUCGAAUUGCGUCAUAGCUAUUUGAAGAAUUCCCGACGACCGCUGGCCGAUAGCGCAACAAACGCCAAAAGGUUUUCGAUGUCGAAACAAGCUAAUGUAAUGUAAUGACCUGGACCUGCGCCGGAACAGAAGAGACACGAUAACCGAACCGCGGUGCGACGGAAGCCGCUCCGGAAGGGAAGUUGCGAGCGAGGGGUCGCUGUAAAAAUAGUCUUUACAGGUGGUGUGUGCAGCACACAUAGAUACACCUGAGCGAGAGCCAGGAAGCAAACGGAACGAGUGAAACUCGGUUGAGAAAGGGACUGUCUCGUAUCGUAUCGGAUCGGAUCGGAGAGAGAUUGUACAAAAUCCACGGAGAAAACACCAAGAAGAAAUAGAAGCACCAAGCACUGCAAGCUUGCAGUUUUCAGUGUGUAGUAAUUGCGAUGUUUUGCUGCAGACUCGGUCAGCGUUGAAUAGUUGCUGCUGCUGGUGCAGUCAUUAGAUCGCCGAGCUCGUUUAUGAAUGAUUUUGUAACUCCUGCCAGUGAAGUGCAUCUGAAUCGUUGGUUGAGCUGCUCGGUGAGGUUCGUCACCUGUAUUGGACACGGUUGGUCAAGUGCGCGCACGCGAGCUUAACUCAUCUUCGUCGCGAGAUGCUCUUUUGGAUGAUGAUUUGCCGACAUUCCAAAUAAUGCUGCUUAGAUCAUGUGAAUUGAUUUGUAACGCAGGGUGUAAGAUUGGAGCGCAAGUGGAAGUGAAUUGAGAUAAGGUGUUGGACGUGGGGGGAUAGAGGAAAGGUGUAUGGGAGUGGACCGAACGACUGUUUUGUAAUCGAUUAGGCGAUCAGUGGUCUCUACUUGCAGCAGUGAGUGACGCCGGCAAUGUCGAUAUUUAUGUGAUUAGUGUUGCGGCAUUUUCUGAGUUGUGAUCUGUGGCGACAAAAAACUGGUGCAGUUUGCUACAAAAGCAUUAUCAACGUGCAUCGUUGGAUUUACUAGUUCUUCACCCGUCAAGUUAAGAAAAAUAAAUCGUCCAAAAUGCCUAAAUCGAUGAACGUGCGCGUCACGACGAUGGACGCCGAGCUGGAGUUCGCGAUACAGCAGAGCACCACCGGCAAGCAGCUGUUCGACCAGGUCGUCAAAACCAUCGGCCUGCGGGAGGUGUGGUUCUUCGGCCUCCAGUACACAGACUCCAAGGGUGACCUGACGUGGAUCAAACUGUACAAAAAGACAGGAUCGAUGCCUUUUUCCCGAUGGGUCAUGAGCCAGGACGUCCAGAAGGGUGACCCACUGCAGUUCAAGUUCCGUGCCAAAUUCUACCCGGAGGACGUGGCCGAGGAGCUCAUCCAGGACAUCACGCUGCGGCUGUUCUACCUGCAGGUCAAGAACGCGAUCCUCUCCGACGAAAUCUACUGCCCGCCGGAAACGUCGGUCCUGCUGGCCUCGUACGCCGUCCAAGCCCGCCACGGCGACUACAACAAAACGACACAUGUGCCUGGAUUCCUGGUGAACGAUCGGCUUCUGCCACAGCGCGUCAUCGAUCAGCACAAGAUGUCCAAGGACGAGUGGGAGAACUCGAUCACCACCUGGUGGCAGGAGCACCGCGGAAUGCUCCGCGAGGACGCCAUGAUGGAGUACCUCAAGAUCGCACAAGAUCUGGAAAUGUACGGCGUGAACUACUUCGAGAUUCGCAACAAGAAGGGCACCGAGCUGUGGCUCGGCGUCGACGCCCUCGGACUCAACAUCUACGAGAAGGACGAUCGCCUCACUCCCAAGAUCGGGUUCCCCUGGUCAGAAAUCCGGAACAUCUCGUUCAACGAUCGCAAGUUCAUCAUCAAGCCCAUCGACAAGAAGGCACCGGACUUUGUCUUCUUCGCUCCUCGCGUCCGCAUCAACAAGCGAAUCCUGGCGCUGUGCAUGGGCAACCACGAGCUGUACAUGCGCCGCCGCAAGCCGGAUACGAUCGAUGUGCAGCAGAUGAAGGCUCAGGCCCGGGAAGAGAAGAACGCCAAGCAGCAGGAGCGCGAGAAGCUGCAGCUGGCCCUGGCCGCUCGGGAACGGGCCGAGAAGAAACAGCAGGAGUACGAAGAUCGCCUCCGAACGAUGCAGGAGGAGAUGGAACGCUCGCAAGCGAACCUGAUCGAAGCACAGGAGAUGAUCCGCCGUCUGGAGGACCAACUGAAGCAGCUGCAGUUCGCCAAGGACGAGCUGGAAGCCCGCCAGAACGAACUACAGGUCAUGAUCAAGCGUCUGGAGGAAUCGAAGAACAUGGAGGUGGCCGAACGUCAGAAGCUCGAGGACGAAAUUCGCGCAAAGCAGGAAGAGGUGCAGAAGAUCCAGGAGGAAGUCUCGGUCAAGGACACCGAAACCAAGCGCCUGCAAGAGGAGGUUGAAGAGGCCAGACGGAAACAGGUAAAGCGUAAAAACGAAGCGGCGGCGGCUCUGCUGGCAGCCACGACCACCCCCAAUCACCACCACGUCGACGAAGAGGAGGAGGACAACGAGGAGGAGCUGACGAACGGUGCCGAGAACGGAACCUCGCGGGACUACUCGAAGGACUUCGACACCGACGAGCACAUCAAGGACCCGGUCGAGGAACGACGCACCCUGGCCGAACGCAACGAGCGCCUGCACGACCAGCUUAAGGCCCUCAAGCAAGACCUGGCCCUGUCGCGGGAUGACACCAUGGAGACGGCGAACGACAAGAUCCACCGCGAGAACGUCCGCCAGGGCCGCGACAAGUACAAGACCCUGCGCGAGAUCCGCAAGGGCAACACCAAGCGCCGCGUGGACCAGUUCGAGAACAUGUAAAACAACAGCUUGCUUGCUUGCUCCUCGCCAACGCGAUCCCAGAUCUUCUUCGGUUUGUUCUUUUCUUUCGAGAUCAUCGUCGGUGGGGACGUUAGUGCUUCUGUUUGGGGACGACUUUCUCCUUCCGAUUUCGGUUUCGGGGGUGCGUUCCAGAAGCAUAUAACAUUUAUAUAGUAUAUAUUGUGUAAGGUUAAAAAGAGAACGAGGAGAAGGGGGGAUAGCGGAAGGAUUGCCGCUUCUUUUUCUAGUAGUAGUUAUAUUAGUAAUAGUGGUAAAGUGUAGGAAAGUGCGGAAGCGAGAAAGUGCGCGCGCGUGCAUGGGGCCCUUCAGGGGCCGGUCCAGGGAACUACAAUACACACACACAUACAGACAGACAGACAUGAUGAAAUAAAGUUUAGCAAUGUACUUUACCAUUUACGCAAACACACACACACUAUUAUCAUUAAUAAUUGUCUCGGAGUUAGGAUUUUUAUGCUAACUAACUUCCGCUAACUUGACCGCUGGUUUCUGGUUCUGGCAAGCACACACUCACACAUACUUAAAUAGUUGCACUCGUGCACACACACACUCACACAUAGGGACGAGCAAAUGGCGGGACUGGACGCAGCAAUGAUACAGAUAUCAGGAGAAUUCAUUUGUAGUAGAGCAUAGGUGUGUGUGGACGAGAGUGUGAUUGGGUAGUAUUUGUAAUUUCGGUACAUUUGUAGUAUUGACUAUCUUCCAGUAUGGAUUUGGAGAUGGGAGUUUAUUUUUCGAAGGAGUCAGACUCUUUGCGUAGUUCUUUUCAUUUUUGUAACUGUACCUUCACUGAGAAAAAAGUAUUUAAGCAGCAAAGUUGCAUUUUCGUCUGCUUCUGGUUUCGGAAGUUUGUUUCCUCCUUCAUUCCUCUCGUAGUAUUUCCUUCGUUUUGCGGACAGUGUGUCCAAAGUAAUUCGCCGAUAUAACUUAAUAUAACAGCAAGAAGCAUAUAAGUUACACAAGUAGGAACAAGAAGUUGAGAAUAAGUUGAACAUUGUUAUUACUGCAUUAUUGUAUAGUAGGAAGAAGACAACUAACUAAAUAGAAUGAAAGAGAAAGGAAAAACAGAACUUUACCAGAGUUUCGACCUGUUCAAGUGUGGGUGCCUUGCAUCGCGGAGUAUGAGGGAGAAGACAGAUCGCUACUUCCAAUAUGCGGUGUUCCCCCUCAUACAGAUGCUUCUGAGAAACGAAAAGCGCAGCUAAUACAUUCAAUCCGGAUUUGCUGCGAUUCGCGACACUGACUAACUGUUAGAUAAAACAGUGUCCUAACGCAGAACAGACAACAUCAUAUACACACACCCGUUCGUACAGAAAUGGCGGAGAUCGCAUGUAAUUGUUAUUAAGUUUAAUCAACUUACUCGUAGGGAUUGAAACUAGGUUUAGUUUUAGAAAGAGAGUAAAAUACGGAAACCCCUAAAACAUACGUUGUUAAUUCUAAUAUUUAGGAAAACAGUCCAAUCUAUUAGAACUAUUUCAACAUACAGACACAGACAACUCUCAAACCAUAGAUCAACCAUGUUUCUCUGGAUUUGUGAUCAAUUUCAUUGCAGUUAACACGUUUUCAAAACGCGCACGUCCAGAGCAAUCGCAAACAAAAAACGAAAUCCUUCCAUUCAAUUAAAACGAAAAAGCAACUGAUGAAUAAGCCCUAAAAAAACGUUAUUAAAUUUUCCUCUUCUGUAAAAAAUAUGAUUUUUUGAACUCGCGUGGCAAUCGAAAAACAAUUCGGGAAACGAGUCGUGGUGUACGCCACACAAAUACACAUACACACGCGCGCAUGUAAUAAUUUCUAUCUGCCAUUAUUUUACGUUUUUAUUUUAUUAUUUUUGUUUAAAUUAUUUUUAAUUAAUUGGAUUAAUUGAAAAAAUAUCAACAUGUAAGCGAAACAAAAAAAAAACACACAUACACAUACAAACACUUUUUUGAUUUAUGCAACACAAAUACACAGACACAUAAAAAUACGGAAAUUGCGUCGGAAAGAGAGUGUAAUUAUGAGAGAAUAAAAAAUGAAACACUAGAACACUUAGACACAUACACAAAAAAAACGAGAAAUGCAAAGAAGAAAAAAUACAACAAUCGAUACAUAUAAUAGUGAAGAGAAACAAACAAAAAAAAACGGGAGAAAUGCGAAGACCAUCUCUUCAAUCACUCGACACACAGAGAAAGGGAAGUGGAGAAGUGGGUGAUGGUCAUUCAAACAAAAAAGGUGGGGCUGAAUUUUUUUCCAAAGAUUUUUUUUCUCUUUUUGAUUGCGCGGCGCAAUGCUCUUGCUUCUGUUUGUCCAAAAAAUGUCAGUAUUUUUUUUUUGCUUUCUUUCUGUAGUUUCCAGAUCAGUUGAGUUCCGUUGUGUCCUACGUUCUACUUGAUUUUACUUUAUAUAUAUGAUUGUAUCUAUUCUGUAUUUGGUGGUAAAAUCUUUGAUAAAAAUUCACGCCAUAUAAUGUAA